AAAUGACGUAAGACUGCAUCCGCUUCCUGGUUUGAACACGUGCGGGCGUUCUCUUCCGCACACAGUGUGCGCGAUGGCGGCGGCGUCUUCUGUGGAGGCGACCAAACCAACGGCCACCCUGGCGGCUCCCCCUCUCCUUUCCCUGGACCCGGAGAGGCAGAAGGAGUUCCAGGCCAAGGUGCACCGCGUACGCAAGGCGGCUGCCCAGGUGAGAGCGAAAAGAGGAGAAUAAUAAUAAUAAUAAUAAUAAUAAUAAUGAUUUUUUGUUUAUACUCCGCCCUCCCCAGCCAAGACCGGGCUCAGAAGCAGGGAUCUGGUGUCCAGGUGCAUCAGUUUUGGGCUACAACGACUUCCAUCUGCCCCAGCCUGUGGCCCCCUUGUGGCCAUGCUGAGACCCUAGAUUUCUCCACUUCUUUCCUAGGAGUAGCUGUCAGACGUGCGUGUGGUAGAAACUCCAUGGAGUUGGACAGAAGCUAGAGCAGCUAGGGCUGAUGGGAGUUGUACUUCAACAACAUCUGGGGACCCACAGGUUGAGAAAGGCUGAGCUAGAGUUUCGCUGCUCGGAAGGUGGAGCUUCCUGUUGCUUUUGACGCGACUCUUUUAUUUUUCUCCUCUGGAGCAUUAGGCAUCAUGUUACCCAUUUGAAAAAGUGUGGGGAGGCCACUUUUUAAUCAUAACUGUUUCCGUGGUGAUGGAAGCCUCUUUCAUAUGUUGCUUCAGUACCACAGAAAUAAUUUACAACACUCCUAUUAUUUUUAUUAUUCGUUAAGUUUCUAUAUCACCCUUCAUAUGAGGUUUACAAUAUAAAAACACAAAAAUGCAUGAUGUAGUAAUGAGCAAAAACAAUAACGUGACUGAGUGGUGCUUGGACAAAAAUAAACGAUCCUACUUGUCCGCCAUACAUAACUACAUAAACCACAUGUCAGCACUCAUACAUAAGUAUAUAAACCACAUGUCCAAAAUAGUACAGGAGAACAAUCCUGAAGCCAUUUUGACUGUCCCUGGCAAGCCAGUUCCUACACCAUUGCAAUGCCAUAUGGUAAAAAUUAAGAAUUUGUGGAGUAGCAGCUAAGCUUGCGUCAUGCUAUUUUAUGUAUUAUCUGAGUGUGAACUCCUAAUGGUUCUGUGUGUGUUUCCUUGAGAGCAGGCAAUAGAAACUGAUGUUGAAAGGCUUUUGAAAAAUAUUGAUGCUUAACAGUGCCAAUGUUCAGGAUUCUGUGAGGAGGCAGCAGCAUUUACCAACCCAGCGCAUUUAAGAUUAUAUACACACACUGUGCAUCUGCAACUGUCAUCAUGCAGAUUUGAUGUUUUAUUCAUUUAUUACUUAUAUAUCAUGUUUUUCUAGCAUUGUGGAGUUCAAAGCAGCCGGCUCAGAUGGUCUCCUAUUUGGGCACUGCUCCCACCUGCUUAACUUUAGCAAGGCUGCUGCAUUUUGUAGUUUCAGGCUGAACUCCAGGGAAUGUUUUUGUCUCCCCGCCACCAUGUCUCUGCAACUGCUCUGCACAGGGAGAUCACCAGAGAUAAUGAACCAAUGCGCACGUGGGUGUAUUUUGAAAUCUUAAUUAAUUCCUUCAUAUAUAUUACAGAAUCAGAAGCUGACACCUGGUGUCAUUUACUUGGGCCAUAUCCCAAAGGGUCUUUCUGAACCACAACUUAAAGAAUACUUUGAUCAGUUUGGGACAGUUACAAGACUUCGACUUUCAAGGAGUAAAAAGGUAACAUUGGGAGGGGAAUUAUAUCUUGUUCUUCUUUCUCCUUAAUAAGGUAGAACACUAUAAACACCGCAAAAGAUCAACAUCCAGCUCACAGCACCCUGAAGAGCUAGGAGGGCACAAAAACUUAAAUAGAAAAGUUUGAACUACCCUCCAUGCAGUGAAGGAUUUCUGAUGGGAGGGCUGCCAUAGAAAAGAUCCUCUGGUGUGUUGUUACUUUUCCAUAUAUUCUUAGGGGUAACACUUCUUAAAAGGCUUCAAUUAAAUUCUUCCCCCUUCAACCAGGCUCUAUCACUCCUUACAGCGGGCAGUUGUAGUUUAUGGAGUAAUUCAUGUUGGCCAUCAGAACAAUAUCAAUGUAUAUUUAUUUAUUGAAUUUAUAUACCACCCUAUACCCGGAGGUCUCAGGGCAGUUCACAGAGUAUAUAAUUUAACAUGUAGGCUCUCUGUGGUCAUUAAAUUAAACCAAUGGGUGUGUCUGCAUAUUUUUCUUACUUUAAGAAAUAUGUUUGCAGUAAAAGUAGUUCAUUGGGCUCAGAAAUCCUUUUUCUCUAAGAUCCUUCAACCAAGAAAAAAUAGUGUUCAGCACGGAUACAUUUUAACAUGUAAAUGUAUUUCAAGGUUUAUCUCCUUAUCUUUAACAGACUGGGGGCAGCAAAGGUUAUGCGUUUGUGGAAUUUGAAUAUGAUGAAGUUGCUAAGAUCGUUGCAGAUACCAUGAACAACUACCUUUUCGGUGAACGACUUUUGAAAUGUGAGUAUGAAUGAGUUUCUUGCCCAAAAGGAAAAUUGAAUGUGGCAGUUCUGAAGCAGUAACAUCAGUUUCCAAACCUUGCCACAGUCUGGUUUACAGAGUAUCAUUUCUCUGAAAACUGCCCCUCAAACCUGGCUGUUACUUUGUCUUUUCUUCCAAAGUCCUUGUAUCUCUUCACCCACCCCAUCUGUCUUUUUUCCCUUGGUACUUGCAGAUACCCUUUCUCCCAAAGAGAGCAAUUGACACACAAGGCCCUGUGACCUCCUGGAAUACCCUGUAUUAAGAUAAGGUGCAACCUGCAGUCACCUUUCUCAGGAAACUGCCUGUUAAACCACAUUUGCAAUGGCAUGAAAAAGGCAUUGUGUACUGCUUAGUAGGAAUUUCCUCCCUUCCCAGCGCUUGCCACAGUUGUGUGGUGUGUUUUUGAAGUGGCUCCCAACUGCUCUCUGUAGUACAUUGGAAUUGCUAUUGUUCAUGGUGACUCUUGGCUUGAAAACAGAAAAGGAUUAGUGAGUCCUGUUCUCUCAAGCAAGUUUAACUGAGCUGGACCGAUGGGAGAGUUGAACACCAGAAAACCUUGUUCAUAAUUCUCUUAUUAAAGAUUCAGACAUAGCUUCAGGGUGAAUUUAUGUGAGGCAGCCUUCCCAGUGCUAUUAAUGAAGCAGCCAAACAAUGCUUUCCACUUAAUUAUAAUUCAAUUCCAGCAGAUGAUAGAAUUGUUCUGAGAGCUAGGUGACAGUCUUUGAAGAAGCCAGCCCAAGUGCAUACAUAAGAGAAGGUGGAAAGCUAUUGGGUAUCGGCCAGAUGUUGACAACUCUGUGCCAGAAAUAGAGGUCAAGGCAGGUGGAUGAACAUGACUAGGUGCUUCUCCUUGUGUACUGAGAAUCCUAAAGCACAGCAAUAUUUUAUUCCUGCCCGGUGUAAAGGACGGUUUAGAUAUGGGAGUUAAGAGUAGUGCUUUUGUAGUGAUCCAGAGCAUAUAAUUGGGGAACAUGCAACUUAACAUGAAGAUUUCCAUGCUUUGGUAAAUACUGCUCCAUUUUUCAAGGCUUCCAUAUUGAUUUUUGGUGUAACGUGUUUGUGAUGCAGGCCAGUUUAUGCCUCCUGAAAGGGUGCAUGAAAACCUGUUCAAAGGUAGUGAGAAAAUAUUCAGCAAGCCGUCCUAUCCAGCAGUGAAACGCUACAACCGGAGGCGAACAACCCAAGAGAAAGCAAAGAUGGUGCAGCGGUUGCUGAAGAAGGAACGGCAGUUGCGGAAAAGGCUGGCUAAGAAGGGAAUCGAUUAUGAUUUUCCUGGCUUUGUAAGUGAAUGCCCUGCCCGCUCCCCCAAAGGUUGACAUACAAACAUGUUAAGUCAAGUGCUAAUUGCAAAGUAUGUGCCUUAAACAGGGAUUGUGAAUGGUAAUAUUGUCAUUGAGCAAGCGAAAGAUCUGUGAAUGUUUUACUCAGUAAAAGAAUGGAGUCUCUGGGCCUUUUCACAAAGGACACAGAGGCAAACCCUGGCUUGUCGCCCAGUGUGCAUCCAGCACAGAUCUACAGCUUCCUGAAAGAUGGUCACCUACCUAUGUGAUACAUGUGUCUGCAAACGUAUUUCUAGCCUUCACUCUUAACACAUUUUGGUCUACCAGUAAAAGAACUAAGGUCAGACUUGUAAACAGCCACUUAUCUAGUCUCUGAUGGUGAGUAACCAUUACUUCCAGGUGAGCAGAUAGGAAAGCUUUUGUAGAAUAGAUGAGUUUUUCCUAUCAGGUUUCUGAUGUGUCACAAGUAACUACGAUUGGUAUGUAUUUUGUUAAGCCCACAAGGUACUAGUCUGCCUAUUAAAAACACCUGUUCAGGGAAGUUUUUAAUCUGUGAUAUUUUACUGUAUUUUUGGUUUCUAUGGAAGCCGCCCAGAGUGGCUGGGGAAACCCAGCCAGAUGGGCGGGGUACAAAUAAUAAAUUAUUAUUUAUUAUUAUUAUAAAAUAAGCAAUGUGUGAAGUGGCCCUAAGCUAUCAUAACAGAUCCCAACUGAGCUGGAGUGAAAUUGGGUUUUGUAGCCCUUUAUUGCUUAUUAAGAAAAAGGCACAAUUCUAGGACAGUAUUUUAAUCUUGUUUUUUUUUAUAUAAUUUUUAUUAAGUUUUCAGUAUAAGAUUAAACAGAAAAACAUAAAGAAGAAAUACACAAAUACACAGUACAUAAUCAAAAGAAGAAAAAAAAACACAAAAAACAAAAAAAGAAACAGAACAAUUAAAAACAAUCACCUUUUCAUUUCCGUGUUUAAAUUUACUUAUUUUCUGGACCUCCUCAUACCUCCCUCUUUUGUAUUCCAGUCCAGAUUGUUUGUCCAGCAAUUUCUUUUCCACUUUUUUAAUCCCAAUCUUUAAUCUUUAAUAUAAUAUAGCAUUAAAAUUUUACCUCUUAAAAUACCAGGUUUCCAUUUCCUUAAACUUCUUUAAUCCUAAUCCUUAAUCUUAAUCUAUCUAUAACUUUAAAUCCUGUACAGCUGGAAACCACUUAUUUUCAAUCCAACAUCACUCUAGCAUUCUUUAAUUUUACAGUGUUUCUGUAGAUAAUCUUUGAAUUUCUUCCAAUCUUCCUCCACCGACUCUUCUCCCUGGUCACGGAUUCUACCAGUCAUUUCCGCCAGUUCCAUAUAGUCCAUCAGUUUCAUCUGCCAUUCCUCCAGCGUGGGAAGUUCUUGUGUCUUCCAAUACUUUGCGAUAAGUAUUCUUGCUGCUGUUGUUGCAUACAUAAAGAAAGUUCUAUCCUUUUUAUCACCAUUUGGCCGACCAUGCCCAAGAGAAAGGCCUCUGGUUUCUUAGGGAAGGUAUAUUUGAAUACCUUUUUUAAUUCAUUAUAUAUCAUUUCCCAGAAAGCCUUAAUCUUUGGGCACGUCCACCAAAGGUGAAAAAAUGUACCUUCAGUUUCUUUACAUUUCCAGCAUUUGUUAUCGGGCAAAUGAUAGAUUUUUGCAAGCUUGACUGGGGUUAUGUACCACCUGUAUAUCAUUUUCAUAAUAUUCUCUCUUAAGGCAUUACAUGCCGUAAAUUUCACACCUGUGGUCCACAACUGUUCCCAGUCAGCAAACAUUAUGUUCAUGUCCAACGUCUUGUGCCCAUUUAAUCAUAGCCGAUUUUACCGUUUCAUCCUGAGUGUUCCAUUUCAGCAGCAAGUUAUACAUUCUUGACAAAUUCUUAGUUUUGGGUUCUAACAGUUCAGUUUCUAAUUUUGAUCUUUCCACCUGGAAGCCAAUUUUCUUGUCCAAUUUAAAUGCCUCCAUUAUCUGAAAAUAAUGAAGCCAGUCUCGCACUUUGUUUUUUAGUUUUUCAAAACUCUGCAAUUUCAGUCUAUCUCCAUCUUGUUCCAAAGUUUCCCAAUAUUUCGGCCGUUUGACCUCCAUAUUGAGCUUUUUCAAGGCUUUCGCUUCCAUUGGUGACAUAUUUUAAUCUUGUUUUGAUGGCAGGAUACCAUUUUGUGUGUUUGUGUGUGUUGUAUAAAUGGAUGGUAUUUUAAUCAUACUAAAUGCAGUGGUGUCCACAAAGGACAUUUUGGCUGUGAAUGCAGGUUGCACAGGGAUCAUGUUGAUGCUGAGCCUCUUUUCCAUAGGCUGCUGAAAUGCCUCUGAUUAAGAAAAAGAAAAAGAAGCUUUCAAAACCAGACUCGAGCAUGAAUGUGUCUGUGAGCAGUGAGGUAAGUUUAAAGUGUUGAUCUUCCCAAAGAGUACUAGUAAGAAAGGGUUUGGGUUUUUUAGUCAAUUGAAUUCCUGUCAUGGUCCUAUCUCUGGGAGAUAUUUUGAGGUGUGUGGGUGGCCAAAUAGGAACAAAAUUAUUGGACCUCUGCAGAGUGGAAGUUUGGCCUUCAUACAACCCCUCUAGAGAGUCUGACACCUUUGUGUUCAUUUUGUGCAUUCCCAUUGCAUCCUCAAGUCAGUUUUUACAUAAAUGUGACAAACCUGCAGGCCUCAAUUUUGUCUCAUUGCAUCCCAUCACCAGCCCUUUCCCCUUAUGCAAUCUCCUGGUAGGAUGGGACCCUGGGGAGCAAAUUGGUAGCCGCGAGGAGAGGGAAGCUAAGUUCUGUUUCAUGAGCAGAGGUCUGCUCAUGCAGUGCUGAGAUAAUGCCCUUCACCUUUAACAUCGUGAUGGUCCAACAGAAUUUAGCAACAUCCUUCUCUCUCAUAUCCAGGAUCCUACCCCCGUGUGUACCCCAUCAUUUCUUGAACGGCGAAAAUCUGAGCCAGAAGAUAGCGAUGACAAAGAAAUAACUUUCAAACUACCACCUGCAAGUAUAAAGACUGCUGCACAAAAAGCCAAAACAGCAAAGCUGCAAAGAAAAACAGCUGGCACGAAAAGGAAAUGCAAAACUUAAAAUAUUUCUUCAGCCAAAGGACACAUUCAUUUCACAAGGAGUUUCCAAGCAGUCCUGAUUUUAGAGAGUCUUGCGUAGUUACAAUAGUUGAUCCUCACAUCAAUCUCCAAUCAAAACUAUAUUUCCUAAGUAUAACAAGCCAGUGUUCCAGUAUCACAAGGAGAAAUAGUUUUAGAUUCUGCCGACUUGGACCUAUUUCUGACCUACUGGGUGGGAAGGAGAGCUGAAAUGUACUGUCUUAAGCAUUUUAACUAAAAUGUGUGGCUGGUAUAAAAAAUGUCACAGAUGGCCGAAGAGUAAACAUGUAUAAAUUGUCAGCAGAAACAGGUUAUUGAGGAAUAUUUUGUUUUUCCCAACUAUGACUCAUUUGAAAUUAAGUUCAAAUUAAAAAAUGUUGAAAUUCA